CCGCCGUCGCGUCCACGUCUUAGGGUAGCCUAACGUCCACCCCGUCGAGGAGGGACGCGCGACGGGCUCACACGUCGUGAACGCGCGUUCGUUCUUUUCACGCGCGAACGCAUUCGGGUGUCGUAACCGCUGAGACGGAAAACACCGUCGACGCGAGAUGAGCACGAACGCGACGGCGGCGAUUGCGGGCCCCACGGGCGGCGGGAAAGCCGGUGGGGGGGGUAGCGGGGUGUCUGAUAGUCAAGCCGUCGCGCGUCGGCUGCAGAGCGAGCUCAUGUCGCUCAUGACGAGCGCGGACGCGGGCAUAUCCGCGUUCCCGGACGGCGAUAACAUCUUCAACUGGGUCGGCACCAUAGAGGGCGCGGUCGGGACGGCGUACGAGGGACUCACGUACAAGCUCUCGCUCGCGUUCCCGAACGACUACCCGUUCAAGGCGCCCACGGUGAAGUUCGAGACCCCGUGCUUCCACCCGAACGUCGACCAGUUUGGAAACAUCUGCCUCGACAUCUUGAAGGAGAAGUGGUCCGCGGUGUACAACGUGCGAACGAUCUUGCUGUCGAUCCAGUCGCUUCUGGGCGAACCCAACAACGCGUCGCCGCUGAACGCGCAGGCGGCGCAGAUGUGGGAGAACCAGACGGAGUAUAAGAAGGUGCUUCACAAGAAGUACAAGGACGACGCGAAGUGAAGUGAGCGAGCGAGCGCGCGACGUCGCGUCCUGGUGCGAAGCCCCGCGGAUGGAUGGUUUUUCAACCGCCCCGCGUGACGGAGGGCGCCGGACGCCGGGGGCCGCGCGACGGACGCGAGCUGCUUUUGAUUCCUUUCCCGCCGAGCCUCGCUCGGGUCGUGCGAUGUAAACUAGAUAGAGCGUGAGGAGACGCGGUCGUUCUGCCGCGUUUGCUGUGAAUAACGCGAAACAGCGGCGACGCCGUGAUACAC